AUGCUAGAAACUAAUGAACAAACCAGUCAUACUAACUCUUAUAUUGCUAGACAAAGUAGAAGACUUAGAAUGAAGGAGAAGAGAGAUGCACAAUGCACUGAAUCAGAUCAUUCUCAAAACUUGGUAGAUAAAACUGAUGUAAGUGAUGCAAGGAAGAAAAGAAGGCUGAUAUUGCAAAAUAAGAAAUCAUCAUGUGGUCAUCCCAGCAGUGCCCCAUCCCCAAGUACAAUCUCCCCAGUUUCUAUUCCAAAUGUAGAAGAUAGAGCUCAUUCAAUUGAUGCUCACAAGAAAAGAAGGCUUAUAUUGGAGAAUAGAAAGUUUUCUGUCAUACAACCUGAAACACAAUAUUCUCAAGUGCCACUGUCUAACUCCGAGGAUGAUUGCAGCUCAUCCAAUACUUCAGACUCUGAGGAUGAUAUGGAACAAGCACCCUUAGCAGAUUCAAAUUUACAAGAAUAUUCUGAUAUAGGGGAUCAAAUAUGGGAAUGUACAUAUUGUCAUGCACACAUGUGGCUUCAAGAACGUGCCAGUAAAACCAAAAAGGGACAUGUUCCAACAUUCCAUCGCUGUUGUCGCGGUGGUAAAAUUGUUGUACCUUUACUUGAAGAGCCACCCCCACUGUUGAGACAUCUGCUGUUUAACAAAACAUCUACCGAGAGCAAAAAUUAUCGAAAUAAUAUUCGAACAUACAACUCAAUGUGUUCGUUUACUUCUCCUGGAAUGAAAUUUGACACCACAUAUUCAAAGAAAGGAGGACCACCAACUUUGAGACUGCACAGUCAAACCUGUCAUCGAAUAGGUACUCUACUACCAGAAACUGGAGACCGUCUGCAAUAUGCUCAGCUAUAUAUUUAUGACACAGAUAAUGAAGUUACUAAUAGAAUGAAGUGUUUCAGAGACAAUACUGAAAUUGACGAGAACACUGUUCAUAAUUUGAAGAUCAUGUUAUAUGAGUUCAAUAUUCAUGCAAAAGUUUUUAGAAUGGCGAGGGAUGUCCUGGACGAUAAUGCAUUCUUAGACUUAAAACUGAGGGUUAUAUGUGAUAGACCUGAGGAUGGACGCGUGUAUAACAGACCAACGGUUUCAGAAGUUGCUGCACUAAUUGUGGGAGACGUUGAUUCUGCUUGUAAUAGGGACAUUAUUAUUCAAGCACGCAACGGUGGUUUGCAACGUAUUGAUGAGUUUCAUCCAGCAUAUUUGGCAUAUCAAUACCCUCUCAUAUUUGCGUAUGGUGAAGAUGGUUAUAGGAAAAAUAUAUUGCAUAGAUAUCGCCAUGAAACUGAGGUUACCCGACAAAAUCGUCAGAGCAUCAAGGACUGGCUUUCAUACAGGUCACAAGACCGUAGCAAGGAGGCAAAAACUUUGCUACACUCACGCCGUCUGUUUCAACAGUUCUCGGUCGACGGUUAUUGUAUGAUGGAAUCUGAAAGGCUGAACUGGUUGCGAAAUAAUCAAUCAAAAAUAAGAGUGGGAAAAUAUAACAGGUUGACAGAUGAAUGCAAUAACGGUGAUGGCAGACAACAACAAAAGCGGGGAAAGCGAGUUGUCUUGCCAUCAUCUUUUGUUGGGGGAAAAAGAUAUAUGGAUCAACUGUAUUUUGACGGAAUGGCAAUUUCAAGUAGAUUGGGUUUUCCAGACCUAUUCAUUACAUUUACUUGCAAUCCAACAUGGCCAGAAAUUAUCCGUGCCUUGUCCGAAACUGGGUUACAACCACAUGAUCGACCCGAUAUUAUUACUAAAGUCUUCAAAAUCAAAUUUGACGAACUCAUUGCAGAUAUAACAAAAAAGCAUGUUCUAGGGAAAGUUUUGGCCUUUAUGUACACUAUUGAAUUUCAGAAGAGGGGAUUGCCACACGCAUAUAUUUUGAUUUUCUUACAUCCUCAGAGCAAAUACCCCACACCAUCGGACAUUGACAACAUCAUCUGUGCUGAAAUACCAGACCCUGCUGUUCAUCCGAGGUUGUAUGCGUUGGUUAAAUCUAACAUGAUGCACGACCCAUAUGGAGUGGCGCGCACGACAUCAACCUGUAUGAAAAAUGGUAAAUGCUCUAAAUACUUUCCAAAUAAGUUUAACGAGGAAACUAUUGUUGAUGCAGAAGGUUAUCCCCUCUAUAGGAGAAGAUAA